GUUUGACGAUGUAUGUUUACCGGCUAUUAUGGCGUAACGACAUUUUUUUGAUAACAGAUAGGGGCGAAGAAAUUAAAGAGACAUAGAAUCUACAAAAAUGACCAGAACCAGUGGCGUCGCACAAAGAAUGAUAAACUUACGGUUUCCUAGAGAACAUCGUUUUUACUCCACUGUGACUAAUCAACCAUCCCGUAGGCGAGUUGUGAUAACCGGCACUGGCACAGUUAGCCCUCUAGCGCAUAAUGUGUCGGAAGCUUGGUCACGGAUAUUAUCUGGUGAAUCUGCCAUCUCAAAGCUAAGUGACCAAUUCAAAGGUUUACCAUGUCAAGUGGCAGCUCAAGUUCUACGAGACCAGUUGCCGACCGAAAAGUAUUUUGGAAAAAGCGAUUUAAAAAUAAUGAGCACGGCAACACAAUUUGCAAUAAUUGCAUCUGAAGAGGCGCUAUCUAGUGCCAAACUACAACCUAAAGAAUUAACAGCAGAACAACGUGAACGCUUUGGUGUCUGCGUUGGCAUGGGUAUGUUUGAUCUGACAGAAGUAUAUGGAGCUUGGCAACAGCUGCAACGUGGUUAUAAUCGUGUGAGUCCAUUUUUUGUGCCUCGUCUUCUUCCCAAUAUGGCAUGUGGGCAUAUAAGUAUGCGAUAUGGUUUGCGUGGUCCAAAUCACUCAGUUUCGACGGCAUGCGCAACAGGAGCGCAUGCAAUUGGUGAUGCAUUACGCUUCAUACGCAACGGAGAUGCUGAUAUAAUAUUGGCAGGAAGUGGUGAAGCUUGCAUAGAUCCGCUUGCUAUAGCUGGAUUUUGCCGCUUACGUGCUCUUAGUACAACACAUAAUGAUACACCUUCGACGUCAUCGCGUCCAUUUGAUAAAAAACGUGAUGGUUUUGUAAUGGGUGAAGGUGCAGCUAUGCUCGUACUCGAAGAAUUAGAAUAUGCCCGUAAGCGUGGUGCACCAAUAUUGGCUGAACUACUAGGUUAUGGCUUGUCGGGCGAUGCUUACCAUAUUACAUCACCUAGUGAAGAUGGCACUGGUGCUACAUUAGCAAUGCAACGUGCUAUAACGGAUGCAAGAAUCCUGCCUAGGGAUAUAACAUAUGUCAAUGCACACGCCACAUCCACACCAACAGGUGACCGCAUUGAAGCACAUGCUAUAGAAAGAGUUUUCGGUGAACAUGUAUCGCAAGUGCGUGUGUCAUCAACAAAAGGUGCACAUGGUCAUUUGCUUGGCGCAUCAGGAAAUUUAGAGACUGUCUUUGUUGUGCAGGCAUGUGUGGACAACAAACUACCGCCUUCUAUUAAUAUUGAGAACUUGGAUGAAGACAUCAAAGUGUCAAUAGUGAAAAAUAAAUCAGAGCAAUGGUGCAAUAGCGCUGAGGUGUCGCGCAUAGCCCUUAAGAAUUCAUUUGGUUUCGGUGGAACAAAUGCGUCUCUUUGUAUUGGAGAAUAUCGUGAAUAAAUCGAAUAAUGCAUUUAAAAUUUUACUCACUUCUGUAUAAUAAAAGCUACUUCUACAGAAAAUAUUUAUAGGCAUAAAAUUUUAAAAAAUAAUAACUUAAUUAUUAUUAAUAUUUGAAAUAAGAAUUAACUCUUGUAAAAAAUUGUUUGAAUCAUGUUAAUAAAGCUACAAUACU